AUACACAAGCGUCUGUUUUGAUAUUGUGCAGACGUUUUUAAUUCGGUCUAUUUUCUGUCGACAGCUUUACUAAAACAGUUCACAAGUUUAUAUGAUUUUCUUCAAAAAAUGAGUGGAUGUAUUAUAAAAUCCUGCGGGGUGACAUCGAGUAUCGCUAGGAACUCAGCUGGCGCCGUAAGCCUGCACAGGUUUCCCAAGGAUAAAGAGACCAGAAAGCGCUGGGUGCAAUUCUGUAACAAACCAGACCUAACAAAUCCAGAUGCUGCUGUUCUGUGUUCGCGGCAUUUCGACCGGUAUGAUUUCGAAAACGUUUACAUGGAAGGUGCCCGCAAGAUACUUCGGAAAGGCGUUGUCCCAACGAUAAGGGAACCAGUUUCGGAAGAUCAACCGAACGGCAAAAAACCCAUUACUCGACAGGAUAGGGCCAAGAUAAUAUCGGAACUACUGCGAGAGGAUGAAGAUUCUUCAUCAGGAGCACCCAUCCAAUGUUCUAUUAAAAUGGAGGAGGUGGAUCUUCCGCUUUCAUUUCCAGAAAACGAGGAGCAAAUUAUCGAAUCUUACUCUGAUGAUGGCACGGUUUUAUAUGAGGAAAUUGCUUUGGAUGUAGAUGAAGAAUCCAUUGACCAACCUGAAAUUACAAGCGUAGUAUCAGUUAACCGAUGCGUGGUGCCAAACUGCAAAAACAUCCUACAAGAAUGGUUCGCACCGUUUCCGACUAAUACCAGUCUGAUGGUUCGUUGGCGCGAAUGCAUCGAAGUUGGUGCCGGGCAUCUGUUGCCCAGUAUGGCUAACCUUCGCAAAAAUGGCGCCACGCCCGUGGUUUGCAGUAUGCACUUUUUGGGGUUUGAUCCGACCGAUCCAUCGUGUUAUCGCCAGCCGACGUUGUUUUUCAGAGAGGACAUUGUGGUGGAAGUGGAACGCUGUUGUUUGUGUGACCGUAUGCACAUAAAAGAAACCAUGGUAGAAAAGGAUGCAUCAUUAACUAAGAAAUUCACAUUACGACAGCUUGCAACAUCCUACUUUGGUCCCACUUAUUUCGACGAAUCUGCCACAGCGGAAUAUCUCUGCGAGGAGUGUAUCGUAAAGCUGGACAUGAUGUUCAAGUUUCAACAGCAAAUAAUAGCUGCAAAUCAACAUCGUGGCGUCUUACGUUAUAGAAUGACAAAGGAAAAGAUUGUAUUUCAACAAAAUCAAUUUGGGCAAGACUUGAUGAUCCCACAGGAAUCAAUGGCGGCUGUAAUCGCUGAUAAUUCGUCUGUUUUCGAUCGAGACUUGGCUGUUACCGCUGAUAAUUCGUCUGUUUUCGAAGAGGUAGUGAUCUCAUCGAGCGAAACCGAUGUUGAGCCAAAAGAACAGUUACCCGUUUCUACGUCCAUAUCGAAUCAAAAGGCUAAUAAAAGGAUAACAACUAAGAAAAAAGACGUAAUCCCACGUCAGAGAACUAAAGCUUCAUGCGUUCCCGAUCCCGAAACAAAGCAGAAAUUACAAAAAUCACGACUGACUUGUUACCUCUGUAAAACUUGCUACGACACUACCGCCUUGCUGCUAAGUCACUUGAUGCUGACACAUGUGGAAGGAGAUUAUCAUUGUGAAGAAUGCGAUAUUACCUUCAGAGCCUCGCCGGAAUUUAACGCCCAUCUAGCGAAGCAUGACCCGGACGGUCGACCAUUCAAAUGCAGUUUUUGUCCGUUAAGAUUUUCUUACGCGGUUGGAAAAUCUAAACAUGAAGCAGACCAUCACGGUACAAAGGACCGCAAGAAAACGACGCAACCACGGACUAAAAAAUUUAUUUGUCCCACUUGUGGUAAAAGCUUCCGAGAAGGGGGUGCUCUGAAACGCCAUGAACAGUUCCAGCACAGAGGAAUACCGAUCGAGCACUGUAACGUAUGUUCGAUGUCAUUUGCAUCCAGGCGAAAUCUGAAAAGACAUCUGCAAUUGAUACAUCGUGGAGAAAGGCCUUACAAGUGUAAGUAUUGCGAAACCAGCUACAAACAAUCCCAACAACUGCUCGACCAUGUCAACGAACAACACCGUGACGAAAAAUUAAAAGACGAAAACGCAGAUAUCGACGCGCCCCCAAAUUACGUGUGCAAUGAAUGCAACGAAAUGUUUGUAUCUCGAAGGCUAUUAGUCUUGCACAAAAGAAAACAUUCUGCGGGUUUUUCAUAUGGUUCUAUCGCCUUGGUUCGUCGUAAUGGAGGAGAAUCCAAUAAUCAGAUCGUUUGUAAUUUGUGCCACUCACUUUUUCCUAAGGGAAAUGAAAUCCUCGAGCAUUUCCAAACAAAUCAUUCCGGUACACCGCUUGAGUACCAUCCCUGUAGUACAUGUGGUGAAAUCUUUUUCAAAAAACAACAUUUCUUGAUCCAUUCUUAUUCGCAUACUGAUAAAUAUGCCUGUGAUCAAUGUGGUAAACAGCAUAGUUGCCAAAUUAGGCUUCAGAUGCACAAGAAUGUCAAUCACGGAGUGCCAUUGGCCGACGAGUAUUAUAGGGAAUGUCCACACUGCAAUGAGCGUUUUCCCAAAGGUUCCUACUAUACGCGGCACAUAAAAACGCACUUCGAAAACGAAUGGUCUUGUGAUAUUUGUUAUAAAACCUAUACGCAUAAAUGGCAGCUUAGGGUUCAUAUGCGAACACAUACAGGCGAGAAACCACUGGUAUGUCCCGGCUGCGCCGCAAAGUUUGGUGAUCCGACCACGUUUUGCAAGCAUAAAAAACAAUGCCUUCAAUAUGUAUCCCAGACCAAAAAAUAAGAUAUCAACGUGGUUGUUUUUUUCUUUUUUAGAUCUCUCAAUUAUUCCUUUCCAAUUUGCAAAUAUCAAUGAUACUAUAGAUAUAGCCAUUCCAAUGAAAAAUACAGGUACAAUAAAUUGAA